AUGGCAGGAUGGGGCCUCCUUCUCCUCCUCCUCCUGUGGGUGGUCUCCCUGGCCCAGGGCUCGUCCUUGCUCUCUGGUCAGCGCCACCGGACCCGUCUGCAGAGGGACCGUCAAGCACGCAACAACGUCCGACCCAACAUAAUCAUCAUCCUCACCGAUGACCAGGACAUCGAACUGGGCUCAAUGCAGGCCAUGAAUAAGACACGGCGUAUCAUGGAGCAGGGAGGCACCCAUUUCUCUAAUGCCUUCUCCACCACUCCCAUGUGCUGCCCGUCACGCUCCUCUAUUCUGACAGGGAAGUACGUUCACAACCACCACACCUUCACCAACAACGAGAACUGUUCCUCACCCUCCUGGCAGGCCCACCAUGAGCCUCACACCUUCGCUGUGCACCUUAACAACUCAGGGUACAGGACGGCGUUAUUUGGGAAGUACCUGAAUGAGUACAACGGCUCCUAUGUGCCCCCUGGCUGGAGGGAGUGGGUAGCACUGGUGAAGAACUCUCGCUUCUACAACUACACUCUGUGCAGGAACAGCGUGCGGGAGAAGCAUGGCAGCCAAUAUCCAAAGGACUAUCUCACAGACAUCAUCACCAAUGACAGCAUCAACUACUUCCGCUUGUCCAAGAGGAUGUACCCCCACCGACCAGUGAUGAUGGUCCUGAGCCACGCUGCCCCCCAUGGGCCGGAGGACUCAGCACCACAGUACAGCACUGCCUUCCCCAAUGCCUCGCAGCACAUAACCCCAAGCUAUAACUACGCUCCUAACCCAGACAAGCAUUGGAUCCUGCGCUACACAGGCCCCAUGAAACCUGUCCACAUGCAGUUCACCAACAUGCUGCAGCGCCGGAGGAUGCAGACCCUGCUGUCUGUGGACGACAGUGUGGACAAGGUGUACAACAUGCUGGUGGAGACAGGUGAGUUGGACAACACCUACAUUAUCUACACAUCAGACCACGGCUACCAUAUUGGUCAGUUCGGCCUGGUCAAAGGCAAGUCCAUGCCAUAUGAGUUUGACAUCCGGGUGCCCUUCUUCAUACGAGGCCCCAACGUGGAGGCAGGAGCCAUUAACCUUCAUGUGGUGCUGAACAUUGACCUGGCUCCCACACUGUUGGACAUGGCCGGAGUGGACGUUCCCUCUGACAUGGACGGCAAAUCCAUCCUCAAACUCCUGGACACAGACAAACCUGUCAACAGGUUCCAGGUGAACAAGAAGGGGAAGAUGUGGAGGGACUCCUUCCUGGUAGAGAGAGGAAAGCUGCUCCACAAGAGGUCUGAUGGGAAGGACGUGGCCCAGGAGGAGAACUUCCUGCCAAAGUACCAGCGGGUCAAAGACCUGUGUCAGAGAGCAGAGUACCAGAGCUCCUGUGAACAGCCAGGACAGAAGUGGCAGUGUGUGGAGGACCCUUCUGGUAAGCUAAGUCUGUAUAAGUGUAAGGGCAUGGCAAGUCUCUAUGCCUCACGUAUGCAGGCUCUGAUGGCCAACAGCGGGUCCCAGCAGUGGGUUGGACGUGUCUCCGAUGCUGGAGACAGCUGUGACUGUGGCCCCCUAGGCCCCAAACGUACACCCCUGAAGAGGAAGAGACUGCUCACCAAGAAGAAGGUAAAGUCCGGUAAGAGUCUGACUAAGAACCGUUGGGCCCGGUCCGUUCCAUUUGAGCUGGAUGGAGACAUGUAUGCUGUGGACCUGGUUGAGGGUUACAGGCCCGUGGGCCUCAGGAACACCAGCUGGCCUGGGGAGAGGAGGAGAGGAGCGGGCCUGCUGGAGGACAACGAUGAGGAGUUCAGUGGCAUGGGAGUCACAGCCAGACCCCCAACCAACAAGAGCCUUACACCAACUGCCGCUCUUAAAGUCACUUACAGGUGCUCCAUCCUGAUGAAUGACACAGUCAGGUGUGAUGGAGGACUCUACAAAUCCCUCCAGGCCUGGAAAGACCAUAAGCUCCACAUCGAGCACGAGAUUGAAACCUUGCAGACGAAAAUAAAGAAUCUGCGUGAGGUCAAGGGUCACCUGAAGAAGGUUCGGCCUGAAGAGUGCCAGUGUAACACCCCCAGUUACCUGUCCAAAAACAAAGGGAUGUUCAGACUCAAUGCAGGUCGCAUUUACUCACUCAGCAAAAUGCCCUCUAAGCAGAAGAAGCAGUGGCUGAUGAAGGAGCAGAAACGCAGGAAGAAGCUCCGUAAACUGCUCAAGAGGCUCCGUAACAACGACACCUGCAGCAUGCCUGGUCUCACCUGCUUCACCCACGACAACCAGCACUGGCAGACAGCCCCCUUCUGGACAAUGGGUCCAUUCUGUGCUUGUACCAGCGCAAACAACAACACCUACUGGUGCCUGAGGACCAUCAAUGACACACACAACUUCAUAUUCUGCGAGUUCGCUACGGGCUUCAUAGAGUACUUUGAUCUGAACAAUGACCCAUACCAGUUGAUAAAUGGGGUUAGCACCUUGGACCGCACUGCCCUCAACCGGAUGCACCAGCAGCUUAUGGAACUGAGGAGCUGCAAAGGCCACAAGCAAUGCAACCCAGAGACAGGUAGUAAAGACAUAAACUCCUUCAGUGAAUACAGGCCAGUUCAGCGUCGAAAGAAGCCAAAAGUGAAGAAGCCCUCCUCCAAAUCGCUAGGGCAGAUUUGGGAAGGAUGGGUUGGUUAG